AUGAGCUCGACGGGGUCGCAUACUGUGGCGACGUGGCAUAUGGCCGGGUAUCAAGAUGCGGGUGGGAAGGUCGUCGACGUUGUUUGUGAGGGACAUCAGAUGCUCUCAUACCGUGCAUGGGAAAUUUAUCUCGUAGAUCAGCUGGCGCAUUUCCGGGCCCACGGUCAUUGUCUGCAUCGAAACUCGGGAUCGGACGAGGAGGAGAGGGUGGCCGGGCGAAGUCGUCCACGACGGACUGAAUUGGCCGAGUCGAGCCCAUCUCCGGGUCGCCCCUUGAGCUGCGAGAAACGACGGAUCUCGAGCGCUCAGACCGCACAGAGUUUCGAGAUGGUGAUCGAUACCGCGAAUGAUGGUCGCUGUGGUCGUUGGCACUGGGCCGAUGGUCGUCUUUUCUGCGGCGAUCACGGCGGUGCUGGGGUGAUCUCCCUCUACCACCACCACGACCCUGAAACCGGCCGCCUCGCUUUUGAUACGGAGGGCUUCGGUCCCGUCUUUCUCCGUGUUUGGCGUGGUGAUGACGAGGAACAGAUGGGCGAUGGCCGCGAGGAGAAGGACUUCGAGUCCUUUUGCGUUUGGAUGGAGGUGGAAAUGGUGACUCGUCUCUUCGUGGGCCCAAGGUGUCCCUGUCUGGUGGGGGGCCGAAUCGAUGGGUGUUCCGAAAGUCGUCUGCAGCAGACGGGGGUUGUCGAAGGCUCGGGCGUCGAUCGUGCUGGAGCCCAGAGGGUGACAGACCCGGAGACCCGUGGCGAGGAGAUCGGUUCACGGGGAAAUCGCCCAAGUCGUGAGACGAAUCAGGCCCAAAUCGGGACGCGUGGGCGGGGGGGCGUCCACGGCCACGGUGAUUCUGACCCCGGGCACGAUUGGAGCCUCGACCUCUGCGCCUGUCCCGGUCGCGAGGAUCGCGAGGAUCGCGAGGAUCACGCUGGUCGCUGGCGCUCCACUGGUCUUUCAGCACCGGACUCCUACGGGACCCAGCCAUGUAAACGUUGCCAGCCACAUCUGGCGGAUGAAGAGAAUGUUGAAAUCGAGGUCAGUGCCAAGUCAGGGCGAAGCGAUGGCUGGCUAGGGGAUGCUGUCGUGGGAAGCGAGAGUCGGCGGGUGGAGCCAAGGCCCGUCUGGUCGGGUGGAUGGUUUUUCCGGUCUGCGAAGUGUAGGAAAAUGCGGAUGUGA